UAUUUCAGAAACUGGAAUCCCAACAAGCCCUUUGACCAAGCCCUGGACCCAUCUAAAGACCCCUGCCUGAAGGUGAAGUGCAGCCCUCACAAGGUGUGUGUGACCCAGGACUACCAGACCGCUCUGUGUGUCAGCCGCAAGCACCUGCUCCCCAGGCAAAAGAAGGGGAACGUGGGCCACAAACACUGGGCUGGACCUUCAAAUCUGGUCAAGUGCAAGCCCUGCCCCAUGGCACAGUCGCCCAUGGUCUGCGGCUCUGAUGGCCACACCUACACAUCCAAGUGCAAGAUGGAGUUCCACGCUUGCUCUACCGGCAAGAGCCUCACCACCCUCUGCGAUGGGCCCUGCCCAUGUCUCCCAGAGCCCGAGCCACCAAAAUACAAGGCCGAAAAGAAUGCCUGCGCGGACAAGGAGCUGAGGAACCUCGCCUCCCGGCUGAAGGACUGGUUCGGGGCCCUUCACGAGGACGCCAGCAGGGUCAUCAAGCCCACCAGCCCCGCCGCCCCUGGCAGGUUUGACACCAGCAUCCUGCCCAUCUGCAAGGACUCCCUCGGCUGGAUGUUCAACAAGCUGGACAUGAACUAUGACCUGCUGCUUGACCACUCGGAGAUCAACGCCAUCUACGUGGACAAGUACGAGCCCUGCAUCAAGCCUCUCUUUAACUCCUGUGACUCCUUCAAGGACGGCAAGCUCUCGAACAACGAGUGGUGCUACUGCUUCCAGAAGCCUGGAGGCCUCCCCUGUCAGAAUGAAAUGAGCAGGAUUCAGAAGCUGAGCAAGGGGAAGAGCCUGUUGGGCACCUUCGUGCCCCGCUGCAGCGAGGACGGCUACUACCGGGCCACGCAGUGCCACGGCGGCACGGGGCAGUGCUGGUGCGUGGACAAGUACGGGAACGAGCUGGCCGGCUCCCGGAGGCAGGGCGCCGUGCGCUGCGGUGAGUGCCCGUGA